AUGGAAGUGCCAAUCGCAGCGUGGGUGAGGCGCAACAGCGUCCGCAGAACAUUUCGCCCGUAUAUUGACGCCUUCGAGGCAACAGAUGAGGAGUUUAUGCGAAUGUAUAGACUUACGAAGCCAGUGGUUCGCUGGCUAUGCGACCAGCUACGGUGCACCCUCCAUCCAAAGAGAAGGACCCGGACGGCGCUGUCCGUGGAGAGACAGAUUCUCAUCGCCCUGCGGUUCUACGCCACAGGCAGUUUUCAAGGGGCGGUAGCUAGCGACCGGCACAUGGCAGUCACGCAGAGCACCAUCAGCAAGAUGCUCUUCAAGGUGACGAAUGCCAUAGUGCUACAGCUGGCGCCCCUGUGGAUACCCGAUGGAUACCCGACCGAACCCGACGAGAUCCGUGAGGUCAUGCGGGUAUUCAAGACCAAAUGGAGAUUGGCCGGCGUGAUUGGCUGCGUCGACGGGUCGGUCAUCGGUAUCCUGGUCCCAUCUGAGAGGAGCGGGCAGUACCAGAAGAGUGCUUUCUUCUGCCGGAAGCAGUACUUCGCAAUCAAUGCCAUGAUCCGAUACAGGACUCUCCACUACAAUCCGCACAGGGCCUCAAAUAUUGUUGUGGCAUGCGCCGUGCUCCACAACAUAUGCAUCCACGCACGGGCACCACCUACCGAGGACGCAGGGGAGGGUGACGACGACGACGGCGGUGAAGAUACCCCGGCUACCACGAGCAGCCCUAACGCAUCCCUGGAUGCUCCCCCGGACAGGGAGAUCUACGACAUCGGGGCAGCUGUUCGUGCAAGAGUGAUUGAGCAGCUGUCGCGACAUUAA